AUUGAAAACAUAGUGACUCAGAGGUCAGUGGACCCUUCCUAUGUUCAAUCUAUUUCUGCCAGUCCCUGAGUACUUAAAGAAAUCCCCUCUAAUGCAGAGCAUGCAAGCACAUUACAUCUACGCAAGAUGAAAGAAGUUAUUAUACUCUCCCUACUGGGGAUUCUGGGAAUGGGAAGGUGCUCUAAAGAUGGAUUGGUGAAUGUUGCUCUGAGGGGCAAAGCAGCCCAAUCCUCCACAUACUACAGAGGCACUGCAAAAAGAGCCAUUGAUGGAAUACGGAACACGACUUUCAAAGAUGACUCCUGCAGCCACACUUUGGGAGAGACCAACCCCUGGUGGAGAGUGGACCUGCGGAAGACAUACCAAGUCACCUCCGUCACCAUCACCAACAGAGAUACUUUAGCAGAGAGGAUCAAUGGGGCUGAGAUCCGCAUUGGAAAUUCCCUGGAGAACGAUGGCAACAGUAACCACAGGUGUGCGUUGAUAUCCUCCAUUCCCGCCGGGUGCUCCACCACAUUUCAAUGCCACGGGAUGCAGGGGAAAUACGUCAAUGUGUUCCUCAAAGGAUACAUGCAAUAUCUGACCCUGUGUGAGGUGGAGGUGAAUGCUCAUCCUGCUCCUAUUGAAGAAGUGGGACCAACUCAAGCUUCAGAACUCAGCUUAAUUGUUCCUGUUACAGACAAUGUUGCCUUAAAGAAAACCACUAACCAAUCCUCCCAGUACUCCCACAUGGGGAGCUCUGACAAUGCCGUAGAUGGAAGUCGCCUCUCCAUGUACCAAGACAAAUCAUGCAGCCGCACCAAGUCCGAAGUCAACCCAUGGUGGAGGGUGGACUUGCAGCGAACUUACAACGUCACCUCCAUAACAGUCACCAACAUUGAAGACAUUGAUCCAGAGAUGAUCGAUGGGGCUGAAAUCCACAUUGGAAACUCACUGCAGAAUAAUGGCAACAGCAAUCCAUUGUGCGCUGUGAUCUCCUCAUAUCCCGCGUGGGAGGUCAUGACCUUUCAGUGCAGUGGGAUCGAGGGUCGCUAUGUGAACAUUUUCUUGCCGGGCUGCAAUAAACACCUGUCACUGUGUGAGGUGGAGGUGAAUGUGGGCAGCCGUCCUGAUAUGGACGAACAUCUUUCCUCUGACAGGAGGGUGCAAGAUAUGAAGAGAGGGCAAGAUAUUCUAUGCCCAGACCAUAAGACUCGACAUGAGAAUGUAGCCACUGGCGGGAGAGCCAGUCAGUCGUCGCAGUUGGACAGGUUCGGAGAUGCCAACAAUGCCAUUGACUUGAACUGGAGCAACCAGUAUCUGGAGAGGUCCUGCAGCCACACGAAUGCAGAGGUCAACCCCUGGUGGCGGGUGGACCUGAGCAAGACCCACAAUGUCACCUACGUCACCAUUACCAACAGAGGGGACUGCUGCUCAGACAGGAUCAGUGGAGCAGAGAUCCACGUUGGGGACUCACUGUUCAACAACGGCAAUAGCAACCCACUGUGUGCCAGGAUUCCAUACAUCCCUGCUGGGCAAAGCAGGACAUUUCCGUGCGGUGGGAUAUCGGGGCGCUAUGUCAACAUUCUCCUCCGAGGAAAAGAGAAGUACUUGACUUUGUGUGAGGUGGAAGUGCAAGCAAGCACCUUUCAGACAGACCUGCCUUCAACUGCCCCCGAGACAGCUGUUACAGCCUGGCUGUGGGAUCUUCUGAGUUCCAUUUACAUUUUAGUCAUUUAGCAGACACUCUUAUCCAGAGCAACUUACAGUAGUGAAUGCAUACAUUUCAUUUUGUUUGUACUGGCCCCCCGUGGGAAUCGAACCCACAACCCUGGCGUUGCACACACCAUGCUGGCGUUGCAAACACCAUGCUCUACCAACUGAGCCACAGGGAAGCCAGGUGACUACUUCAAAAUGGUGAAAUAGAUCCCUCGGAAGGCUUGCUAUUCGGAAUGGUCAGCUACUCCUACAUCCAAUCAUACAGUACCCUCCAGGCUAAAAUUGGGACCAGAAAUCAGAAAUCCUUAACCAGAGGCUUGGAUUUUACACAAUAUUCCAUACUCACCAAGUCAUUUUUCUGAGCAUGGGCAGCUCCAUUGAGGGCUGUCCCUAUUUUAAAGUAGUCCAUUUCUUCUUCUUCUUCUACUUCUAUGAGUGUAUUGUAUUUGCAGUACCAAAAUAAACUGAAAAGCUGUAUACCACUA